UGACUGUGACGUACCGACUCGGUUCCUCGUGACAACUUAUGAAAACUGCGCGGGUUCAGUCUAUUCGCGGACCCAGUUUAAACUUCGAACCGAAAUCGCGAACGCCGCGAUUAGUUGUUGUUUUUUUUUUUUAAUUAGCGGCGCUGAGUUUCUGGCGUCGAUAUUUGGAUUUAUUUUCAACAAGUCGUUUUUCUCUGUCCUUGGAGUGAAGGAUAUUAAGAGAAAAUGGCCAAAUAUUUGUUAAAAUCAUGCUGUGGCUGUGGCUCACUGAGAACAGGAACUAUAAUAUCCGGAGUAGCUGCUAUAAUAUUAUGUAUCUUGGGGAUCAUUCUGACAUAUCUAAAUAUAGUACAUCUCAAAACAAUAGUAUUUGAUUUCCUGGAGGAAUGGAUAGUUAAAAUAAUUGUCACGAUAAAUAUGGUGAUGACGAUAAUUCUCUCAACAUUGCUGCUUAUUGGCGUAGUCAAACGAAACUGGUAUUUGAUGAUACCUUGGGUUGUCCUGGGUGGUAUGUUAGCCAUUGGUCUACUCGUUUCUAUUAUUAUAAAUGCAGUUCACUUUUACAUGGAUGAACAGACCAAGUUAGCAACGAUAUGGCUAGUGGUAGGACUAAUAUCAUUAGUUAUAUACUGUUACAUGUGGUAUGUGUCCUUCAGUUUCUUCGCCAACUUGAGAGAAGAAUCAGAGAGAGGUGCCUAUUCAAAAGAUCCAUUUAGGAGGCAACGUAUAUAAAGUUCUCUGCUUUUGUGUAUAUGCAAUUUGUGAUCCUGUCCUGACAAAAGACCCUUAAGGAAGGUUUAUGGGUUUAUAUCAAUUUUCAAACCCUUCUGUGUACGAAAAUAUCAGUUUCUUAACGACAGUUAGUGUUACUACGUGUUAUAUAUUUAAUUCGUAUAAAAAAUAGACUUAUGUGAAUAUUGUCAUAUCUAACUUGAUAUGGCAUUUGUUUUGUAGAUUAGAAUCUCAUUUUUGGUUAUUUAAAUUAUUUAUCUCUAUAUAGUAUAUAACUUAUUGCAGCCAUAUAAUUAAUACUCAUGUGUUUUUAAGAAAUAUAUUUUCCUAAAUGAAUGUGUAUUCGAAUCUAACAAUUUUAUUUUUAUAUACUUGUUAAUUUUUGUUACUAAUUUAUAUGCGUUGAAAGUUUAAAUAUAAGAGCUUUAUUUAUA